AUGGCGUCGAAAUAUACAGAUAAGGCCAAGAGCAAAUGGAACGACCAUAAGCCCGGCCAGGGCAAGAUGCGAGGCCAGGUCAGCAACCUGGUUCACCGCAACAAAUCCAGCGACUCGUCAAGCAACGACCACGUCUCCGUCCCCCUCUCUCAGCUCAAGGACCCGUCCGCCUUCGCUCCCCCUCCUCGUCGCACCAGCUCCGGUCUCGCACCACCGCCGCCCCCAACCAAGGAAAAACGCAGCGUCGUCACAUCACCCUCAAACUACCAAGACCCCAGAGCUCUCAACCCGGCGCCUCCACCCAGAGGGGGCAGUGCCCAGCAACAGGAGGAAGAGGGCGAUGCAGCCCCAAGAGGUCCCUACCGGGUCAAUACGACAGGUCUUUCGACUAAUCACCUACCCCCACCGCCGGGACGGAGAGACGGCGCUGAUGGGAGGAGCCCGCCAUCCUAUGACACCGCCCUAACCCAUCCUCAGCAGCCUCCGAAGCCUGCACAGCCAAGCCUUCCCCCGCGCCUACCAGCAAGAACGAAUGUGGGCACGCCUCCUGUUACGCCCUCGGGAGCCAGCAGCCACGGGGCAGACGACGGUUACCUGAACCAAAACGCCGUGAAUCGGUUGGGCGCGGCUGGCGUUUCGGUGGCUGCCCUCGGCAUAGGACGAUCCGCCGCCUCUCCAGGCCCUCCGCCCCCGCCUCCUCGCCAGGACUCCAGCGGGAGCGUCAACCAGCUCAAUGAGCUCCAGAACCGCUUCAGCAAGAUGAACAGUCGGAACAGUCCAUCUCCCGGGCCCACCGCUUCUGCGCCCUUGCCCUUGCCCCAAAGGUUCGGUGCGGCAUCACAGAGCCCCGUCCAGCGUGCAACCGACUCGCCUUCCCCGGGGCUUGCUGGGAAAAAGAAGCCUCCGCCGCCCCCUCCGCCAAAGAAGAAGGUCGGGUUAGGAGGCGGCUCGGAGGCUGCGCCGGUUCCUUCUCGUGCACAUGCACCUCCUGCUGAUGAUGGAGAUGCGCCGCCCCCUAUCCCCCUGUCGACGAAGCCUCGGUUCUGA